AUGGCGCCCUCAGGGAUUGGCUCGUUCGAAGAGAGCGAUUACAGAAAUCACGAAAUUCCCUCUCGCCUAUUCUCAGCAUCAAACCCACCUUCACUAGACGAUUUCGACAGGCUGAUCAGCGAGACAAAAGCAAUUCACUACCCACUCUCCACUAGAAUCACUUCGAGUGUUCCAAUCUACGAACUCCCUGAAUUCUCCUCACUCACACCUGGCCAACGCUCGGCUCUUCAAGAUGAAUGGUAUCACAUCCUCCUCUCGGGCCCAGGUGUCUUUGUAACCAAAUAUUUAUUCAAAGACAUCUCUCUCAUUGAAAAAGUGAGCACUGUGUUUGCAUCCAUCAUCGCUAAAGAGAAGGAAAUUUCCGGACAACGCGGCGACCAUUUUGCUGGCUCCGGCGCAAACGACCGCAUCUGGAACUCGUUCUCCAAACACUGCAUGCAGGAUUCGGAGUCUUUCUUGAAGUACUAUUCAAACCCAUGGUUACCGUUGAUAUGCGCUGCGUGGCUAGGUCCGCAAUACAGACUUACGGCACAGGUCAAUGUUGUGAAACCUGGGGCAAAAGCGCAAAUCUCGCAUCGAGAUUACCAUAUCGGGUUCCAGGGCAAUGGGGCAUGUGCGAGAUUUCCUAAAGCAAUACACAUCGCGAGUCAGUUCUUGACGCUACAGGGCGCAGUUGCGCACUCAGAUAUGCCUGUUGAGAGUGGGCCAACGCGGCUGCUACCGUUUAGCCAAAAGUUCGAGGAGGGGUAUAUGGCCUAUCGUAUCCCAGAACACCAGGACUACUUUCUGAAAAAAUACGUCUCAAUUCCGCUAGAGAAAGGUGAUGGACUAUUCUUCAAUCCAGCUUUGUUUCAUGCUGCCGGUCAGAACGACUCGAAGGAUGUAAUGCGUUCUGCUAAUCUGCUGCAAAUAAGCUCGGCGUUUGGCAAGCCGAUGGAAACGAUCGACACAAUUCCGCUCAUUGAAGCGACAUGGAACAGUUUGGCUGAUUUGCACCAUCGAGAAGGGCUGAGCGAAGAAGUCAGGGCUUUUGUGGGCCACGUAGCAGAAGGAUAUCCAUUUCCAACUAAUCUUGACCGAAGGGUACCUGAAACUGCAGGCAUGGCGCCUUCAAGCGAGCAAGACUUGUUAAUAAAGAGCCUUGAGAAUGGCUGGACGAAGGAUCAGGUUUUGGAUGGACUACAGAAGUUGCAGGGUGACUCGAGAGCUUAG